UACUGAUAAAUAUUUAGUAAAACAAUACGUUGAGUAUUAAUUCGAAAGGCAUAAAUAAACUCGCUUGUCCUCUGUGAAGCAUUAGCCGAGAGGACCUAUCUUUUCCAAUUAAGCAGCAAAAUCCAAACAGGAAGCAUGACUGAUGUUGAAGUAAACCCUAAAGCCUACCCUUUGGCUGAUGCUACUCUAUCCAAAACCAUUCUAGACCUUGUUCAGCAAGCAUCAAAUUAUAAACAACUCAGGAAGGGUGCUAAUGAAGCCACUAAAACGCUUAACCGUGGAAUUGCGGAGUUCAUCGUGAUGGCCGCCGACGCUGAACCGCUGGAGAUUAUUCUGCACCUGCCCCUGCUCUGUGAGGACAAGAAUGUGCCCUAUGUCUUCGUUCGGUCCAAACAAGCACUUGGACGUGCCUGUGGAGUGUCGAGGCCCGUAAUAGCCACGUCAGUCACCAUUAAGGAGGGAUCCCAACUGAAGCCUCAGAUUCAGUCUGUGCAGAUGGCAAUUGAGAGACUUUUGGUUUAAGCUCC